AUGGGUUUGUUUGAAACUUUGCAUGAAAUAAACACAGGCUUCCUAAAACCAGCUAAACUUCAGUCAGGUAAGGGAUUUCAUAUUGCAAAAACAGAAGCUGAUAUAUUAGUUCUUAUGCUAGUUAUAUUGAUGUUUGACAUCUGCACUCACAAGCUUUUGGAUGAUUGUGAUCACGAGAUUUCUUCUGGGAAGUUUGAAUGGUUUGCUCGAACCAGUGAAGGUGUUUAA